CACGCCCCCGAACGCAGCAGCAACGGGGGGNUGGGCAAAUCGGGCACCGAGCGGGAGUUCAAGGGCCUGGGGGACUGUCUGGUGAAGAUCACCAAGUCCGACGGCCUGCGGGGCCUCUACCAGGGCUUCAACGUGUCCGUGCAGGGCAUCAUCAUCUACCGGGCCGCCUACUUCGGCGUGUACGACACGGCCAAAGGAAUGCUCCCUGACCCCAAGAACACCCACAUCGUGGUGAGCUGGAUGAUCGCCCAGACGGUGACGGCCGUGGCCGGCGUGGUGUCCUACCCCUUCGACACCGUCAGGCGACGCAUGAUGAUGCAGUCGGGGCGCAAAGGAGCGGACAUCAUGUACCGGGGGACCGUGGACUGCUGGCGGAAGAUCCUCAAGGACGAGGGCGGCAAGGCCUUCUUCAAGGGCGCCUGGUCCAACGUGCUGAGGGGCAUGGGCGGCGCCUUCGUGCUCGUCCUCUACGACGAGCUGAAGAAGGUCAUCUAGGCGCGGCGGCCGCCCGCCCGCUGAGCCCCGGGGACCAGGACACCUGCUAGAACCCUUCACUGUCACGGACCAUUGAUCUUCCAGAAAUUCCAGGCUCCUCGCCCGGCCAGAUUACGUGUAGGGGGCUGGGAAGGCUCUAGCACGGGGCUCACGGGGACCCCUGGCACCCGGUCCCACGCCUUGAUCCCGGGGAGGGGCACCCUGACGUCCCCUGGGUCCACCUCAGGGCAGCUCAGCCUCGCAGACGGAGGGCCCAUGUGCUUCUGUAGGACCAAGCUGUGUCUGAGUAUUUAUUUAACGGAAAUCAUGUCUGCCGUCUACCUAAGCACCAUCCUCUGCGCACAGCAAUGCAUUCUUUCCAUUCUCGCGAUCAUGUUCUGUGUUGGGCAUUCUGCUGAGACAAUAAACACGGGACACAGAC